ACCUGCGAAAACAAAUAAAUCCUGCAUUUCUGUGUAUAAUUUAAUAGUUUACACAAAAAAACUCACCGUAGAUUACAUUCCUUUGGAUGCAGUUCCCUUUUUAACCUGUGGAUGAAGGUGGAAAAGAGACAACAGCGCCUGCAAGAAAAUAUCCCUUUCUCUGUCUCAAUGUCAACAAGAGUUGUAGGUUGAAAUUUGAGUGAUGGAUUCGAGCAAAAAACAUAUAAAUCCCAGCCCGGAAGAAUCGGCGAAUUUUUUAUCCAAGUUAUGUUUUUAUUGGGUAUUGCCAAUUUUUAAAGUAGGCUACGAUAAUGAUCUCCAAGUCAAAGAUGUGUUCAAUGCGGUGAAAUCAGAUCACUCAGGUCCAUUAGCUGAUACAUUAGAAAGAAAUUGGAACGAUGAAGUACUUAAAAGAGAAAAAACGAAGAAAAAGCCUAGCUUAAAACGAGUAAUAUGGAAAACAUUUGCCAAGUCUUAUAUGUUUUACGGAAUCUUGCUUUUUGUUAAUUCCAUAUUAGUCAAAUUGUCACAACCCAUAGUUUUAGCCGAAUUCGUAAAUUAUUUUGAUAAAAAUUCAGUAUUAUCGAAAGGAAGUGGUUGGUUACUAGGAUGGGGAGUAGUACUGCUCGCUUUUACAAAUGUAGUUGUCAUGCAUUAUACGAGCAUAUACUGUGCACGCAUAGGCAUGAGAGUGAGGAUUGCCUGUUGUUCUCUAUUAUAUCGAAAAUUACUCAGGCUAAAUCACGUGUCAUUGGCCAAAACAGCGGCAGGUCAGCUGAUUAAUUUAAUGUCGAACGACGUACAGCGGUUCGAUAAUGCCGCCAUAUUUUGGCACUACCUGUGGAUUAUGCCUUUGCAAACUGCAGUUGGGUUUUACGUCAUGUAUAGCUAUAUAGGAUUAGCGGCUGUUCCAACUAUCCUAGCCAUGACAUUGCAAGCUGUAUUUGGGCAAGGAUAUUUAUCAAAACUGCAAGGUUUUUACAGAGGUAAAAUUGCCCAAUUAACAGACAAUAGAAUCAAAAUCAUGAGCGAAAUCACAUCAGGGAUUCAAGUGAUUAAAAUGUAUGCCUGGGAAAAACCAUUUGAAAAAGUUGUAGAAUUGGCAAGAAAACAUGAAAUAGAUAUGAUAAGGAAGACUUCAUAUAUCAAGGGAUUUUCUUCGGGAUUGAAUGUUUUUGUUGAAAGGGCAGCACUGUAUAUUGCUGUAGUAGCAUAUGUGCUCUUAGGAGAACGAGUAACAAGUGAAGUUGUAUUUUCGAUGGCCCAACUUUUAAACACCAUCCAACUCUAUAUGUCUAUCCUCUUUCCUUUGGCGUUAUCGGGUUACGAAGAAGCUAAAGUUUCUAUAAGGAGAUUAGAGGAGUUUCUUGUAUUGGAAGAAAACCAAAGUAUUGGUUAUUCUGAUAAAGAAGAAAUCACUGAAUCUAAUUCUAUUAAAUUGACCAAAGUAAAAGCAAGCUGGUUAGCCAAUCCCAUUGCGCAUACUUUGAUUGACAUCGAUUUGGAGAUAAAAAGUGGUACAUUUUGCUGUGUUGUUGGAGUUGUGGGGUCUGGUAAAAGUUCCUUAUUGCAGGUAUUAUUAAAAGAACUUCCUAUUAGUAUGGGAAGAAUUCAAGUUCCUAGCAAAAUAUCCUACGCAUCUCAAGAACCAUGGCUGUUCACCUCCAAUGUGAGGCAAAACAUAUUAUUUGGUCUUCCAUACGACAAACAAAAAUAUAAAAAAGUUGUGAAAGUUUGCGCCUUAGAACGAGAUUUAGACGAGCUACCUUACGGCGACAAAACCCAAGUUGGCGAAAGAGGAGCAGCUCUAAGCGGCGGACAGAGAGCUAGAGUAGCUCUAGCUAGAGCAGUUUACAGAGAAGCUGACGCUUAUCUCUUCGACGAUCCUCUAAGUGCUGUCGAUGCGCACGUUGCUAAGCAUUUGUUUGAAGAAUGCUUGCAGAGCCAUUUGAAGGGGAAAACUAGAAUUCUGGUGACGCAUCAAGUGCAGUUUCUUAAGGGGGCAGAUCUUAUUGUCGUCAUGAGUAAUGGAAAAAUUGACAAAGUAGGCUCGUACAGUCAGCUAGAAAAAGACAUACUAUCCCUAUCAAAGGAAAUAGAACAGCAACAUAAAGAGUUGAAAUCAGAAGAAAGUAUUGAAGAACAAGAAGUCCAAAAACAUGGAAAAAGGGAAAGAUUGCAAUCAAUAUCCUCAGUCAUUAGUAUGGUUGGUACUGAACCAGAUGAAAAUGAAGAAUUAUUAGAGAAAGGUUCAAUCAAAUCAUCUACGUAUGUAGAAUACAGUAAAUCCGGCGCAUCAACAUGUUUAUUAAUAUUUUUACUGAUUUUACUCAUAAUAGCUCAAGCUAUUUGUAAUGCCUCUGAUAUGUGGGUCACUUACUGGACUAAUAAAGAAGAAUUGAAAUAUGCCCAACUGCACACUCUAAACGAAUCUGAAUUAAUUGGUUUUGAAUCUGAAAUAUCUACAACUCUUUCUUCGUAUCUGUCAGAAAACUUGACAGAUGUUGAAGCUAAUUUCACAACAACAAUAUCGCCUACGGGAUGGCUUGAGAACAUCACUGAUGUAAACUCUAGUGUAAUAAAUGAUGACGCCAUUUCAAGAAUACAAAGAGGCGUGUCUACUUCUACAGAUAUGUUAGAAAGAGACACUUAUAUUUGGAUUUAUACUCUCUUGAUUUUGGGCGCUGUUAUUUUGACAAGUUUUAGAUCUACCCUUUUCUACAAAGUAUGCAUGAAAGCCUCAAAAACUCUACAUAAUAAAAUGUUUGCCAGUAUAUUAAAAGCACCCAUGGUCUUUUUUGAUACAAACCCUUCGGGCAGAAUCCUAAACAGAUUCUCUAAAGACAUGGGAACUGUCGACGAAAUAUUACCUAGAUGCAUGCUCGAUACUAUCCAGAUUUUGCUCGUUAUGAGCGGUAUCUUGGCGAUGGUGUUUAUAGUUAGUCCGUGGAUGAUCAUUCCGGCGAUUGUUCUAGGAUACCUCUUUAUUUUUGCCAGAAAAAUUUACUUGUCGUCGGCUCAGGAUAUUAAGAGAUUGGAAGGUGUAACUAAGGCUCCUGUAUUCUCACAUGUGUCCGCUAGUUUGCACGGAUUGUCGUCUAUUAGAGCGUUCAAAUCACAGGAUUUAAUUGUCAAAGAAUUUGACACAUUGCAGGAUCAACACACUGCAAUUUGGUUCAUGGUUUUAUCCACAAGCGAGGCUUUGGGAUUCUAUUUGGAUGUUAUUAGCACACUGUUUUUAGCCUUAGUCACAUUCCAGUUUAUUAUAUUUGAAAAUGAAAAUACUCUAAGUGGCAAUGUUGGUUUAGUAAUUGCCCAUACUCUUAUUUUGACAGGCAUGUUACAAUUUGGUGUUAGGCAAUCAGCCGAAGUAUCUUCCAACAUGACUAGCGUCGAGCGCGUGCUUCAAUACACUCGACUAGACGAAGAAGGACCUUGGGAAGCCCUUCCCGCUUACAAGCCUCCUUCUGAUUGGCCGGAACGUGGUCAGGUGACGUUUAGACACGCCUACUUAAGGUAUUUGCCUGACGGGCAACCGUCGAUUAGGGAUUUGAACGUCGAAUUCAAGGCUGGGGAGAAAAUUGGUGUUGUUGGGCGUACAGGGGCAGGAAAAUCAUCUCUGGUGGCAACACUGUUUCGGCUGGCUCCUGUAGACGGACACGUACAAAUCGACGACCAGGAUACUGCUAACGUUGGUCUCAGGAAUCUACGUUCCUCCAUAUCGAUUAUACCUCAAGUGCCAAUAUUAUUUUCAGCUAGUAUCAGGUAUAAUUUGGAUCCAUUUGAAAGAAGCACUGACGAACAACUGUGGAAAGCAUUAGAAAGAGUGGAACUGAAACAAAAUGGGGUGGCUUUAGACACGGCAGUUAGCGAAGGUGGGGUGAAUUUCAGUGCCGGACAACGGCAACUUAUUUGUUUGGCCAGAGCUAUAGUGAGGAAUAAUAAGAUUUUGGUAAUGGACGAGGCAACUGCAAACGUAGAUCAGCAUACCGACUCUCUUAUUCAAAAGACAAUCAGAGAAGCUUUUAAAGACUGUACGGUAAUUACUAUUGCACACAGACUGAACACUAUAAUAGAUUCUGACAAGGUUUUGGUUAUGGAUGCCGGCAGCGCCGUAGAGUUCGAUCAUGCGCACGAAUUACUUAGAAAGAAAGAGGGUUAUUUUACGACAAUGGUUAAGCAAACAGGCCCCAAUAUGGAGGCUAAACUAAGACAACUAGCCAAAGAAGCAUACCAAAAAGAGACCAUUAAAUGGAACGGACAUAGCGACAAUGACAACAACGACGAUAGAGAAUGAUAUAGAAAUAAAUUAAACGUUCUGAAGAGUAACAAACAGUAUAUGCAGAGUAACAAAAUAUUAAUGGAUCUAAAAAUCAUGACAAUAUUUUCUGAAAAAAAAAACGUACUGAAGAUCUAAAAUGCAAUGGAAAUAUUAGCUUCCAGUAUAAUUGACAAUUACUAUUAUUUUUCUCGAGAAUAAUACCAUACGAUCGAAAAAAAACAGCGUCAGAGUUGGUUUGUGAAUGAAGGAGACUCAAGAUGACGUGACGCCGUUUUUUUUUCGAUCGUCGGGUUAUAUUUAAUAAGUGUGCCUUAUAAGCUUCAGGAUAAUUAUGAUACUUAAAUUAUACGUGUAAUGUAAAUAAUAAUUAAUAUACAGGGUGAGUCAAUGAUAUAGUUCAUUAUCUCAUUUGUUUUUUGGGAAUUGCAAAAAAAUAUAUAGAAAAGUUUUAGUGUAUGUUAAGAUAAAAAAUUUAAAUUAUUUUUCAGCAUACAGGGUGCCUCAAAAAAGUAUGGCGGAUAUAACACACUGGUUUUUAAUAUAACAUCCUAUUUUUUACUUAAAUUUGGUAGGAGAGUUUUAUAAAGAUGAAAAACAAAUAGAUAAAUGCAAACAUAUUUGAGUAAAGUGUUACAGGGUGAUCAAAAUAAAUUAACGAAUUUCGGUUAUUUAAAAUUAAAAAAUCUGAUUUUUUUAAAGGACACUCUAUAGGUAUUUUUUUUUGUUUUUUCUUAAAUUUUUAUAAUUCAAACAAAUGAGAUAAUGAAUUUAUUCUAUAGUUGGCUCACCCUGUACAGGAUGACACAGUGUUCCGAAAAAAACCUCUUAAUAUUUACUUAUAGAUUACAAUAUUUCUUACAAAAAUGGGGUUGCUUUAAAUGAACGAAAGUCUACAUUAAUU